CAUCUAUUGUGGACUGUAAUGUGGAUAAAGAAGCGGAUCAAGAGAGGGUGAGAGAGUCCAUCAAGGCGAUGAGGUGCAGAGCAUCUAGGAAGUCAAGGCGCAGACAUAGAGUCAUGAGUCGGGAAGCAGAAAGGAGGUACAGUCCCUACAAUGGCAGAUAUUGGCACAUAGGUUAGAGCAAUUCGGAACUGCAGUAUUCCACCUCAAUUGCUCCGACGAACGGAGAAGAUAGAUCUUCGCGGUCGCGAACUAGGCUUGUGCUAUCAAAUGGGGUUCACUUCUGAUGCAGACGCAUCUGGUCGCAUCAGGCAAGAUAAAGACAAGGUUUCAGAGGCUUUUGAAAGCCGCAGAUGAUGAUAGUAGGCCGACUUCCGAAAUAAUUAUAGAGGAGGGUUGAGGGAUAAAUGCGGUAACAUCGUGGAGGAGCUCUGGAUAGAAAGGCAACACGAGGAGGGGGUGCGCUGAAGUACGCGAAAUAGCUGGGGAGGGCAACUAAAUCUAUUGCGACAGUUCAGGAGCCUUUACCGGCUAAUGUUUGCUCUGGAUAGCUUGAUGGCGCAUUGCUUGUCGUCGUCGAACAAGGGCUUGCAGUAUCACAUGCAUGACCAAUAAGCACAGACCAAAUGACGUUAUGCUUCAACCCCUCGGCUCAACUCCAACACCAAGUUCGCCCAUUGUCUGCAGAUAAAUCCCUCGGCUUGGGAGAACCUCACUUUCCCCGCUAUUUCUCUCAAGAUCACUGUGUUUGAGAAAGAGGCUUGUUGUUGGACACCAUGGCUGAAGAUGACUAUGAGCUGGACUCCUAUCAGCUCUAUCUGAGAUAUGAAGAGACUCCGCCCAAAGAAGACUGGAGAAAAGCUGCACUUACCGGACCUGCAUUGCCUACGAUAGGUAAUGCAGUUGCUGGCGCUGUUGGUGCAGCAGCAUCCAAUCUUGCCACUUACCCGCUGAGUCUCAUUAUCGCGCGACUGCAGACACAGACACAAAGGAAGCAGAGAUCCGAUGGGAAAGAAAAUGCAGAUGAAGGAGAGGAAUACACAGGUUUACUAGAUGCUGCGAGGAGGAUAUACGCCCAGGAAGGCCUCAGUGGGCUCUAUGCUGGUAUCGCGCAAGAUACGGCCAAAUCCGUGCUUGAUGCGUUCCUUUUCUUCCUAGCCUACGAGUUUUUCAGACAUCGCAGGAUUGCGGCGCGGUAUGGUGCGAAUCGACGAUCCAAGCAUACUGUGCUCCCAAUUUGGGACGAAUUGGCAGUCGGAGUUCUUGCAGGCGCCUUUUCGAAGCUUUUUACGACGCCUCUUUCGAAUAUUGUGGCUCGAAAACAGACCUCUCAGCCUUCAGCUCGAGCGGCCGACAUCGCGGCGAAGAUCCGUUCGGAGAAGGGCAUUCGGGGGUUCUGGUCGGGAUAUUCUGCAUCGCUCAUCCUAACUCUGAAUCCCUCGCUCACGUUCUUCCUCAAUGGGCUGCUCAAAGCUGUCCUUCGCAGAAACGAUUAUGGGAAACCCUCUCCGGCAGUUACGUUUUUGCUGGCUGCUAUCAGCAAAUCGAUGGCAUCCUCUAUAACUUAUCCCUUCUCCAUGGCGAAGACUCGCUCUCAAGUUUCGGGCGCCGGUUCGAACUCGGGCAAGGGACCGAAGAAAGCCAGCCGCGGCGACGACUCGGACGAAUUCUUCUUUAUGCCAUCAAUCGUCUCGAAUGUCAUCACCAUUGGUCGAACCGAAGGUGUGGCAGCACUUUACGCAGGUCUCCGAGGAGAAGUGCUCAAGGGAUUCUUUUCGCACGGCUUUACCAUGCUCGCAAAAGACGCUGUAUACGCUGCUAUUGUGCGAAGCUACUAUUUGGCUCUCAUUCUCACCCGGCGAUACCCCAGUCCCGAAGAGCUACUUGAACGGGCUCGCGAGCGUGCCGAAGAGUAUGCCGAGGCCGCUCGAGAAGGCGCAAAGGACCUGGCAGAAAAGGCAAAGAGCGGAACGGACGAGCUUCUGGACAGCCAUACGGGGAAUGUGGCGGUGGACAUGACGUCCAAUACGAGCCCAAUCGACGUUGACGCCUUAGGGUCCAAUGAGACGGCAGAGUUGGUGGGAGACUAUGUGGAAGACGAGGCGAGGGAGUGGAAGAGUCUGUACCACUGGUUCUGGGAGAAAGGAAAGGAGAAAAACUAGGCCGAUAUCCUGCCGCUGUAAUAUACUAUAUAUUUUCUGUGACAAUAAUGAAUUGUGCUGUAUCUACCCGCUUUUCUCCACGAAAGGGUAUCUAUACAUAGUUGCGGCUACGGAGUGGAACCCGAU